AUGCACGCCAAGUCUGUUGCUGUGCUCGCCCUCGCUGGCGCCGCCGCGGCGGUCGCCGCCCAGCAGGCGCCCAAGGACGAGCUCAUGGACGCCCUUGCCCGUACCGAGGCGCUCGAGUUUGGCCGCGCCGGUGAUGAGGAGACCAAGGAGAUUUUGCUCGAGGAGACGCUGGAGGAGGAAAACCGCGAGGACGAGCCGGUCGUGGUCCCUGAGCUCCAGGCCGGCCACCACCAGCUGCAGAACGGCAACACCAACGUCAACGGCGGCUGCAACAAGUGCGGCUGCAAGGAGCCCGGCUGCUGCGCGUGCCCGACGCACACGCCCAAGCCGCCCUGCCCGCCCAAGCCGACCAGCAAGACCAAGGUGACGCACACGCACACCGUCACCAGCUGCGGGCCGCACAAUCCCGACUGCCACCACCACACCAAGUGCCCUCACCACCCCGACUGCCCUCACCAGUCCAAGACGCCCAAGCCCACGGGCCCUUGCACCACGAGCAAGCCCGGCCACCCGCACCCGCCCCCCAAGCACGGGCACAACUCGACGAUGCCUCACAAGCCUCACCCGCCUCCUCCCCACAACACGGGCAAGCCCGGCCACUCGGGCCACCCUGGCCAGCCCACCCACGUUCCCGUCAACAGCGGACACGCCGUCGUCGCCUCGGGUCUUGGCCUGGUCUUUGCUGCUGCCGCGGCUUACUUCCUGCUCUAA